CCCCCAACAUCCCGUCUCCUUCUUUCAAACACUCGCAAAAUGGUUAAAGCCGUCGUCGUCGGUGCUGCCGGUGGUAUUGGCCAGCCUCUCUCGCUCCUGAUCAAGGCCAAUCCCCUCAUUACCGAGCUGGCUUUGUACGAUGUCGUCAACACCCCCGGUGUUGCUGCCGACAUCUCCCACAUCAACACUCCUGCCAAGGUGACUGGGUACAUUGGCGACAGCCAGCUCGAGGCUGCCCUCACCGGUGCCUACAUCAUCAUCAUCCCCGCCGGUGUUCCCCGCAAGCCUGGCAUGACCCGCGACGAUCUUUUCAACAUCAACGCCGGCAUCGUCGCCGGCAUCGCCAAGGCCACCGCCAAGUUUGCCCCCAACGCCUACGUUUGCAUCAUCUCGAACCCCGUCAACUCGACUGUUCCCAUCUUUGCUGAGGUCCUCAAGCAGCACGGUGUCUUCAACCCUCACCGUGUCUUUGGCGUUACCACCCUCGAUCUUGUUCGCGCCAGCUCCUUCGUCGCUGAGCUGCGAGGCAAGGACCCCAAGGAUGUCACUAUCGAUGUGAUCGGUGGCCACUCUGGCGCCACCAUCGUCCCCGUUCUCUCUGCUUUCGGCACCUUCAGCGACGCUGAGCGCGAGGCUCUCGUCAAGCGCAUCCAGUACGGCGGCGAUGAGGUCGUGGCUGCCAAGAAUGGUGCCGGCUCUGCCACCCUGUCGAUGGCCUAUGCCGGAGCCCGCUUCGCCAACGCCAUCCUCGAUGCCACUGUGGCCAAGAAGGCCGGCAUCAGCGAGUGCACCUUCCUCAAGACCGAUGUUGCCGAGAAGGACGAGCUGGAGUUCUUCUCGACCCGUGUUGUCUUUGGCCCCGACGGUGUCGAGAAGGUCCACCCUCUCCCUGCCCUGGACAGCCACGAGCAGGCGCUCUAUGCGGCCUGCGUUGUCGAGCUCCGCGGCAGCAUCCAGAAGGGCAUUGACUUUGCCCGCUCCAAAAUCUAAGCGGCGUGACCGACUCCGAUGGAGCGACUGGCCCGCCUGUCCAUCCCUGUUCUUUUUCCGAUCACCAAUUUGCUUGCCGGGGCCCACUCGGCAGAAUCUCAACGACUAUUGUAUAUUGAUCGCUUUCAUCCAGAGAAUAAUAUAUACUUUCAAUUUU